ACGCACACACUAGUAGCAAGAAUCGUGGAUAGAGUUUCCCCAUUAGAGGGUUUUUCUAAACGUGCCAAAAGAGAAAGUCCAGAACGGUGUUGUUGGUGGACGCUGGAAAAUAUGUGAACACACGCAAUAGUAAAUACCCGGACAGGUCGCGUGCAGUGGAGCAAUACACACACUCUCUCGCGAACGAAAAAUAGAUCAAUAGUGUUGCUGUACGUGAACAAGUUAGCUGGAAGCGUGUGUGCUUGUGAGUUGUAAUAAUACCAGCCGGAAGUUAUCGAAGAACGAAGUAACGUUUAGCGAGUUCCUGCCCCCCAAAAUGCCUACGCUGUUGGAAGCGCUGGAGGAGAAGUACGGCAUGGAGCCGGACGAGAAGGAAGAACACGUGGAGGAGGAAGUUCUGGUGUCUAUCUUUGUUCCGAAGCUGCCCCCGAGACAAAGCACUCCACAGUUACUUAUACUGAACGAUUGCAAUAUCGAUCGUGCUGGGGAGCCAGAAGAUUUGAAGAAAAAAUGUCGCAUCGUGAAGGAGCUCGAUUUGGCGCAGAACAAGCUAAACAACUGGAACGAGGUAUUCGUCAUCCUGUCGCACAUGCCACGUGUAGAGUUUGUGAACCUAAGUCUCAACCAUCUGACUGGCCCGAUCCAGAGGCCACCCGUCACGAAGAUGGACCACCUUCGGAAUCUUGUGCUAAACAACACCAAGCUGGAAUGGUGCAGCGUUGAGAAGCUGUUACGUUUGCUGCCCGCACUUGAAGAGUUACAUCUUAGCUUAAACGAGUAUACGCAUGUGCUGAUCGACACAGUCAAUCCGACGGGACACCCGUCCGAUGCUGGACACAGUGAUGCCGGUGGUGGACAACGCACUAGCCCAGAUGCUACCGGCAAUAACAAUACCAAGGACGAAACAGCCACUAGUCAAACGGAGGAGGACACCAUGUCCAGCUGUUCUUGUUCUUCGUCCACGCCGCACCCAACAGAGGAGAACAAAUCGGACCCGGCCACCGUGGAACCACCGCCAUUGCAAACAGAUCCGCACGGUGGCGUACGGAAGCUACAUCUGACCGGGAACUACAUUUCCGAGUGGGGUGAAAUUUGUCGCAUCGGGCGAGUAUUUCCACAGCUGGAAGCGUUGGUGCUAGCAGACUGCCCGUUAAGAUCGCUUAAACCCACAGAUCCGCAAGGCAACGAAAAUGAUGAAGAAAGUCAUAAAUAUUUUCAACAUCUGAAACUGCUAAACCUGAGCAAUGCUAAAAUUGACUCAUGGGAAGAUAUCGAUCGGUUGGCGGACUUUCCAUCGCUGUGCAAUGUCCGGCUUCAGUACUGGCCACUGUGGGCACGGACAGACUCGACGACGGAGCAUGAACGACGGCAGCUAUUGAUAGCGCGACUUCCAAACAUCAGUAUUCUGAACGGUGGUGACACAAUCGGUGCCGUCGAGCGGGAGGAUGCCGAGCGUUCCUUCAUUCGCCACUAUCUCGAUAAGCCGGACGCGGAACGGCCCCGCCGGUACUAUGAGCUGAUUGGCGUGCAUGGACAGCUGGAUCCGCUCGUUAACAUUGACCUGCGUCCGGAAAGGAAGGUAAAGGUGCGCUUCACCUUCGAAGAUCAAGCGAUCGAGCGAACGGUGGAUGUGAAUAGAACGGUAAGUGAUUUGAAAUCACGCUUGGAAAGGAUAUUCGAAGUACCAGCCGCCCGGAUGCGACUGUUCUACGUCGAUCAAGAUUUCCGCGACCUGCAAGGGCUGGAGGAGAUGAAGUACCCGCACAAGGUACUGUACAGCUACAACAUACGCUCCGGCGAUGAGAUCAUCAUUGAACGGAAGGUGAAAAGUUGAUAAGCAUCGCCGAUAACCACCCGGACACGUUUGUCAGACGAUUUCCCUCAGUUUUCCCACUCCGGUACCCAUCUCCAUCUCUUCCAAUGUUUGGACGUAUAUAAACGUAUGUGAUAUAAAGCGUCGCCAUCGCGUCACAAUAUCUCUCGCCCGUUCGUAUCUUGCAGUUCGUAAUGUGCAGUGGUUUCUUCUGUAUUAUACAUUGCUGUUUUUAGUUUAGUGACGAUCACAUCACACCGUGGCACAGUUGCGUUCCUUUAUCCGAGGAGCUACCUGUUCCACCAACUAUAUCAUGUUUUGAUUUUUUCCCCUUUAUUUCGUGCUACGAAGAAUGGUAAAACCCCCGAGUAGAGCGCAGCUAACUGUACUAAUUAAUAAAGGCAGCAGCAUUUUUGCAGUUAA